AUACUGGGUGGAAUCCCAUGGCAAGCGUACUUCCAGAGGGUCCUGUCUUCAUCCUCAGCCACCUACGCCCAAGUGUUGUCCUUCCUGGCAGCGUUUGGGUGCCUGGUCAUGGCUCUCCCGGCCAUCCUCAUCGGGGCCAUUGGAGCAUCAACAGACUGGAACCAGACUGCAUACGGGCCGCUAGACCCCAAGAGCAAUGAGGAGGCGGACAUGAUCCUGCCCAUCGUCCUGCAGUACCUCUGCCCUGUGUACAUUUCUUUCUUUGGUCUCGGCGCGGUCUCUGCCGCCGUCAUGUCCUCGGCAGAUUCUUCCAUCUUGUCAGCAAGCUCCAUGUUUGCUAGGAACAUCUACCAGCUCUCCUUCAGACAAAAUGCAUCAGACAAAGAGAUUGUCUGGGUCAUGCGGAUCACAGUGUUUGUGUUUGGAGCAUCUGCUACGGCCAUGGCCUUGCUCACGAAGACCGUGUACGGGCUCUGGUACCUCAGUUCCGACCUUGUCUACAUCAUCAUCUUCCCACAGCUGCUCUGUGUGCUCUUCGUCAAGGGAACCAACACGUAUGGGGCUGUGGCAGGUUAUGUGUCUGGCCUUUUUCUGAGAAUAACUCGAGGGGAGCCAUACUUGUACCUGCAGCCCUUGAUCUUCUACCCUGGCUACUAUGCUGAUAAGAAUGGUAUAUAUAAUCAGAGAUUCCCAUUUAAAACACUGGCCAUGGCCACUUCCUUCCUAACCAACAUCUGUGUCUCUUAUCUGGCUAAAUACCUAUUUGAGAGUGGGACUUUGCCACCAAAAUUAGAUGUAUUUGAUGCUGUUGUUGCAAGGCACAGUGAAGAAAACAUGGAUAAAACAAUUCUGGUCAAAAAUGAAAAUAUUAAAUUAGAUGAACUUGCACCUGUGAAGCCUCGGCAGAGCAUAACUCUCAGCUCAACUUUCACCAAUAAAGAGGCCUUCCUGGACAUCGAUUCCAGUCCAGAAGGGUCUGGGACUGAAGAUAAUUUACAAUGACCCCAUCUAAACAAAAUACUGCUUUCUUAUACAGCACUAUGAUAGGGUAGUCCUGGAAAGAUGGUUUGCAGCAUAUAAGAAUAUAUUAAAAUAUAAACAAUAUUCAGGAGAACAAAAAUCCAUAUAAAGUGCAAUUGCACAGAUACAAGCCAAGCUAGAAAGAAGCGCUUACGAAAGCAGCAACUUUCUUUCUCAUUACAGUGCUUUUGAUUUUGAUACUAGAUAGGUUUGUUGGGUAUACAAAAAUGAAUAAAGCCCCACUCAAAGAACAGAAGGCCAAAGGGAAUAUUUAUCUUUAUUAGAAAAAGAAAAAAAGAGAGAAAGAAGACGAAAGAAAGCAAGAAAAAAA